AUUUCAAAACAUCUACUACUAUUACUACCAAGCAACUCAAAAGUCCAAGUGAAAGAGAAGCAGUCAAGAUGACGAUCCCAGAGGAAGUCGAUAUCAUCGUGUGCGGAGGAGGAUCAUGCGGUUGCGUCGUUGCUGGCCGUUUGGCCAAUUUGGACCACAAGCUCCAGGUGUUGCUCAUUGAGGCUGGCGAGAGCAACCUCAACAACCCAUGGGUGUUCCGUCCUGGUAUCUUCCCACGUAACAUGAAGUUGGACAGCAAGACUGCAUCCUUCUACUACUCGCGUCCGUCCGAGUGGCUGUCGGGUCGUCGUGCCAUCGUUCCCGCGGCUCACAUUCUUGGUGGUGGUUCUUCCAUCAACUUCAUGAUGUACACUCGUGCAUCGGCUUCCGACUACGAUGACUUUCAAGCCAAGGGUUGGACUACCAAGGAACUCAUUCCUUUGAUGAAGAAGCACGAGACGUAUCAGCGAGCCUGCAACAACCGGGACCUGCACGGCUUCGAUGGACCUAUCAAGGUUUCCUUUGGAAACUACACAUACCCCAUUAUGCAGGACUUCCUGCGCGCGGCCGAAAGUCAGGGUAUCCCCGUCACCGAUGACCUUCAGGAUCUCGUCACCGGACAUGGCGCCGAGCACUGGCUGAAGUGGAUCAACCGCGACACUGGCCGUCGCUCGGACUCUGCUCAUGCAUACAUCCACAGCACCCGUCAACACUACGAGAACCUCCACCUCGCCGUCAACACCAAGGUCGACAAGGUCAUCUUCGAAGGCACCAAGGCCGUCGGCGUCCGCACCGUACCCACGAAGCCAUUGUCUCCAUCGGAGAACCACUCGAGGACGUUCCGAGCCCGCAGACAGAUCAUUGUCAGCAGUGGCACGCUCAGCUCUCCUCUUGUCCUGCAGCGCUCUGGUGUUGGUGACAGCCAGAAGCUUCGCAAGGCCGGCGUGAGACCCAUCGUCGACCUGCCCGGUGUCGGUCAGAACUUCCAGGACCACUACCUUUACUUCUCUCUGUACCGCGCCAAGCCUGAGACGGAGUCGUUUGAUGAUUUUGCCCGUGGCGAUGAAAAGGUCCAAGAAAAGGUCUUCAAUCAAUGGCAGCUGGACGGCACUGGUCCUUUGGCAACGAAUGGAAUCGAAGCUGGAGUCAAGUGGCGACCGAACCAGAAGGAUUUGGAUGACAUGGCCCGAUCGCCCUUCCCGGAGUUCAUCAAGGGCUGGGACAGCUACUUCAAGAACAAGCCCGACAAGCCCGUCAUGCAUUGGGCUGUCGUUGCUGGUUGGUUCGGUGACCACACUACUGUUCCCGGAACUGGCAAGUUCUUCUCCAUGUUCCACUUCCUGGAGUAUCCAUUCUCUCGUGGAUUCACCAACAUCGUCAGCCCUAACCCCUACGAGGCCCCUGACUUCGAUGCUGGUUUCAUGAACGACCGUCGAGACAUGGCUCCCAUGGUCUGGGGCUACAUCAAAUCCCGUGAGACUGCUCGACGCAUGGAUGCGUAUGCCGGUGAAGUGGCCACCAACCACCCCUUCUACGCAUACGACUCCCCCGCACGCUGCCACGACAUGGACCUCGCCACCACCAAGGCGUAUGCAGGCCCCAACCAUCUCACCGCCGGUCUUGUCACGGGAUCGUGGACGAUCCCGUUGCCAGAGCCGUCCAAGAAACCUGAUGCGGCGUACCUCAACUCGAACCAACAGGUUGUACAUGAUGAUUUGCAAUACAGCAGAGAGGAUCUCCUCGCUGUGGAAGAAUGGGUCAAGCGCCACACCGAGACUACUUGGCACUCCCUUGGAACCUGCUCCAUGGGCCCUCGCGAAGGCAACUCAAUCAUCAAACACGGUGUCGUCGACGAACGCCUGAACGUGCACGGCACCACGAACCUCAAGGUCGCCGAUUUGUCCAUCUGUCCCGACAAUGUCGGCUGCAACACGUACUCGACUGCGCUCUUGAUUGGUGAGAAGUGCGCUGUCUUGACUGCCGAGGAUCUCGGAUAUAGUGGACGUGCGUUGGAUAUGCGAGUUCCGGAUUAUCAGGUGAACCGGGAGAUUGUCGGUCUUUCGAGAUUGUAAAGGACUGGCUGGUGGUACAGUAAUUGGUCAGUGGGGAGAGAUCUGUAGCCUACCUCACUGAAGGACCGACUAACUGAAUGGAUGAAUGAAUAACUCGUCGGUGGGAAGUGGAAAAGGAAAAAAAGCGAGAUAUUGAUGUUGUAGUUGUUGUUGUUGAUGAUGUUGUAGUAAUGAAAUGUUUGUAUGCCAUAGUAUCUAUCCGAAAUGUAACAGAAUGUCGC